CAAUUAAGUGUAUCACAUUAUUCUUCAACUUCUAACUUCAAUUAUUUCUUUCAAAGUACUUCUAAAUUUGAUAUCUUUGUAAUAUGACAUCUAUGAAAAGAAGCAGAGAUGAGAAUAUGCAAAUUGAAGUAGAGGCCAUGGCUAAUUGCGCUUUGAUGCUUUUGUCUCGUUUUAAUAACAACACUUCAUCAUCAUCAGAUCAUCAUCACAUUAAUGAUUUUGAAUGCAAGACUUGCAAUAAACGCUUCCCAUCUUUCCAAGCCUUAGGCGGUCAUCGUGCAAGUCAUAAUAAAAAGCCAAGAUUAAUGGGAGAGUUUCUUGUUGAAACCAACAAAAAGAAUAAGAAGCAUAAAUGUUCUAUUUGUGGUGUGGAGUUUUCUUUAGGUCAAGCAUUGGGAGGGCACAUGAGGCGUCAUCGCGAUGAAAUUAAUAAAACGAUAAUACCAGUGUUGACCAAGUCCAAUAGCAGCAAGAGGAUUUUUUGUUUGGAUUUAAACUUAACCCCUCGUGAUGAUAAUGUUGUUGAUUUCAAGUUAUCGCCAAUUGCAUCUCCUGUUCUGAGAAUUUUUAUUUAAUUACUCCAUUAUAUAUUCUUGUAAGAUUAAUUAGAAGAAGAAGCUGUAAUACUUCAGUUGUUAAUUCAUUCAUUAGUUCAUCCCCUUUAUAUAUUGCAGUAAAUCGUAAUUAGUUUACGGAAUA